AACAGUAACUUGUUUUUUUUUUUUUUUGUAAUUUGCGUCUUUGUGUUGUUUUGUUUUUGGCUGUCGCUGUCGCUGCUGUUGCUGUUUUUGCUAAUUUAACAUGUGGCUGUUGCUGUACGCCGUUUUGGCAUUACCAAUAGUUUUGUUCGCUUAUUUCGAGUUUGCUUACUCGAGGCACAAGCGUAUCUUGGGAAAAUUAAAUGGCCCACCUGCCCUGCCUCUGCUGGGGAAUGCGCAUCAAAUGGGCAAAGAUCCAUCAGAGAUCCUUGAUCAGAUUUUUGAAUGGUGGCAUCAAUAUGGUCGAGAUAACUAUCGGUUUUGGAUAGGCUACUACUCCAAUGUGCUGCUAACAAAUCCGAAAUCCUUGGAGUUCGUACUCAGCAGCAACACGUUGAUACAGAAGUCAGAUAUCUAUGAUAUGCUGCAUCCAUGGCUGGGGCUUGGACUGCUUACGAGCUCAGGCAACAAAUGGCACAAACACCGCAAGAUGAUAACACCUUCGUUUCACUUCAAUAUAUUGCAAGAUUUUUAUGAGGUGAUGAACGAGAGUUCGACCAAGUUCAUAGCCCACUUGAAGAAUGCUGCAGCCGGCGAUAACAUUUUAGAUUUUCAAGAUUGGGCGCAUUAUCUGACGCUGGAUGUGAUCUGUGAGACGGCUAUGGGAGUUCCCAUAAAUGCAAUGGAUAAUAACGAUUCGGCCGUGGUAAAGGCCUUUAAGGACAUGUGCUACAACAUCAACAUGCGAGCUUUCCAUCCCUUGAAGCGGUCUAAUUUCAUGUAUCGCUUCGCACCCGACUACCCCCACUAUGAGAAGACCUUAAAAAUACUGCAGGACUUUACCAAUGAGGUUAUUGCCAAACGCAUUGCGGCCCAUCGCACUGGGGCUGUUGAAGGGUUGACGUCUAAAUCUGAAGGCGAUGAAUUCAAGCGAAAGAAGUUGGCUUUUCUGGACACGCUGCUCUCAUCCUCCAUCGAUGGUCGGCCAUUAACGCAGCACGAGAUUUAUGAGGAAGUCUCUACAUUUAUGUUUGAGGGCCACGACACAACCACAUCGGGUGUGGCGUUUGCGGUGUACUUGCUUUCCCGACACCCGGAAGAACAGCGCAAGAUAUAUGAAGAACAACUGGCGGUUAUGGGUGACGAUAUGAAACGUGAUUCCACCUUCCAGGAGAUUGCAGAGAUGAAAUAUCUGGAUCUAUUUAUCAAGGAGGCACAGCGCCUAUACCCUAGUGUGCCCUUUAUUGGACGCUAUACGGAUAAGGAAUAUGUGAUAAAUGGCCAAACUAUACCUAAGGGAACCACAUUAAACAUUGGCAUUGUCAUCCUUGGAUACGAUGACCGCACAUUUACGGAGCCCCAUCGCUUCUGGCCCGAACGCUUUGAGUUGCAACGACCCGGCCCCUUUGAGUACGUGCCGUUCAGCGCCGGUCCACGUAACUGCAUUGGUCAAAAGUUUGCACUGCUAGAAAUUAAAACGGUCGUCUCGAAGAUUGUGCGCUCCUUUGAGGUACUGCCCGCCUUGGAUGGGCAGGAAUCCAAGGAUGGAUAUAUCAAUACCUAUUUGGGUUUGCCACAAGCGGAAAGAUUGCAGCGGGAGCAGACGCGUAAUAAGUAUGAUCCAAUUCUGUCGGCGGUGCUAACUUUGAAGUCGAAGAAUGGCUUGCACUUGCGAUUAAGGGAGAGGAAGUAGAAUUAAAAGCUUUAUUAUGGUUGCUACGUUACAACAAGAUUUCUACUUAUUAAAAAACUCUAGUCUCACUUCAA